AUGGCUGAGGUUAAAAGUGCUCAAGUUGAACCCCAUCAAGAAGCAUCUGAGGCUACUGUGAUCGGAGAUGUUGUUAGUGAYASUGCUGCAACAGUAAAUCCUGAGUUGAACCAAUCGGCUAUUCAAGAUACCAACAUACAAUCUGCAACAAAGGUUGACAAUUCUUCUGAAGAUGCUGGACAGUCUCAACCAGAUGGCUCAGUUGGUGAUUCAGUUAUCGCUUCUGAUCCUGCAACUGGUGCGGGAUUAGUACCCGAAAAUGAAAUUCCUAAUCCAACAACUGAAGAAGCGUCGAAGCCAAAUGAGCUUACCAGUGAGAUUGGUUUACCUCGUGUAAAGAUUACCGAGGCUGCUGUUGGUACAACAAGAAAUGGUGGAUCACCUAGAACUCUAUCAUCUCCAAGAAAUGUUGGAUCUCCUAGAGCACUCUUGUCUCCAAGAUUCUCGGGUUCACCGGUGACCACUGGAACGCCCAAAAAUAUGGACUCGUAUAGAGGUGUAAUCGAUACUGCAGCGCCAUUUGAAUCUGUUAAAGAAGCUGUCUCAAAAUUUGGAGGAAUUACUGACUGGAAAUCUCACCGGAUGCAAGCAGUAGAGAGGCGUAAGCUUAUAGAAGAGGAGCUUAAAAAGAUCCAGGAGGAGAUUCCUGAGUACAAAACUAACUCGGAAACUGCCGAGGCUGCAAAACUGCAAGUGCUUAGGGAGCUAGAAAGCACAAAGAGGCUCAUAGAACAGUUGAAGCUUAAUCUGGAGAGGGCACAAACAGAAGAACAACAGGCAAAGCAGGACUCGGAACUUGCUAAGCUGAGGGUUGAGGAGAUGGAACAAGGAAUAUCUGACGAUGUGAGUGUUGCAGCUAAAGCACAGCUUGAGGUGGCCAAGGCGAGGCAUACAUCGGCAAUUACCGAAUUGCAGUCUGUUAAGGAAGAGCUAGAAACUCUGCACAAGGAAUAUGAUGCUCUGGUGAAAGAUAAAGAUGUGGCCGUCAAGAAAGUUGAAGAAGCAAUGUUGGCAUCAAAAGAAGUCGAGAAGAGCGUUGAAGAACUCACCAUAGAGCUGAUAGCUACAAAGGAGUCACUGGAAUCAGCACAUGCGUCUCAUUUGGAGGCCGAAGAACAGAGAAUUGGAGCAGCUAUGGCCAGAGACCAGGAUACGCACCGCUGGGAGAAGGAACUGAAGCAAGCAGAGGAGGAAGCCCAAAAACUGAACCAACAGAUACUUUCUUCCAAGGAUCUAAAAUCAAAGCUUGACACUGCCUCAGCGUUGCUUCUUGAUUUAAAGGCAGAAUUGGUAGCUUAUAUGGAAUCCAAGCUAAAGCAGGAAGCAUGUGACUCAAUCAAAAACAGCGAUCUUCCGACGGAAAACAUGAGCCAUCCAGAUUUACACACAGCUGUUUCCUCUGCAAAGAAGGAACUUGAAGAAGUCAAUCUCAAAACCGAGAAAGCAGCUGAAGAAGUGAAUAUCUUAAAAGUAGCCUCCUCUUCCUUGCAACUGGAACUUGAGAAAGAAAAGUCUGCUCUUGCCUCGAUCAAACAAAGAGAAGGAAUGGCCUCCAUAGCAGUUGCUUCUCUAGAAGCUGAGAUCGACAGAACGAGGUCGGAAAUAGCUUCCGUUCAGUCAAAGGAGAAAGAAGCAAGAGACAAAAUGGUGGAGCUACCCAAGCAACUUCAGCAAGCAGCAGAAGAGGCUGAUGAAGCAAAGUCGCUUGCUGAACUUGCUCGUGAAGAUCUACGAAAGGCCAAAGAAGAAGCAGAACAAGCAAAGGCUGGAGCAAAUACAAUGGAGACCAGGCUAUUUGCUGCGCAAAAAGAAAUCGAGGCAGCUAAAGCUUCAGAGCGGCUGGCCUUAGCCGCCAUCAAGGCUUUGGAAGAGAGCGAAUCAACAUUGAAGGCUCAUGGCAUGAAUUCUCCACGAAGCGUUACAAUCUCACUAGAAGAGUACUACGAGCUCAGCAAACGUGCUCACGAGGCAGAAGAACUGGCGAACGCAAGAGUAGCAGCAGCGGUUUCUCAGAUAGAGGAAGCUAAAGAAACAGAAAUGAGAAGCUUGGAGAAGCUGGAUGAAGUAAACAGAGACAUGGAUGCAAGAAAGAAAGCACUAAAACAAGCAACCGAAAAGGCUGAGAAGGCGAAAGAAGGGAAGUUGGGGGUGGAACAGGAGCUGAGGAAGUGGAGGGCAGAGCAUGAACAAAAGAGAAAGGCUGGUGAUGGAGUCAACACAGAGAAAAUCCAAAGAGCAAGCUCUGAAGGAGCAAAGGAGGUAAGUAAGUUGGAGCAAUCACCUGAGGCUGCGGUUUAUGCCUCCAGCCCAACUGAGUCAUAUGGAACAGAAGAUAACUCUGAAACCAAUCAAACCCCACCAACCAAAUCUGGAAAGAAAAAGAAGAAGCUUUCGUUCCCACGGAUUUUUAUGUUCUUGUCAAAGAAGAAGUCACAUACUUGA